AUGGUCAGUACAGUGAGGGGCAUUGUCCGAACUAAUCCCGAAGAUCGUCUGUUGACUAGGCCAAAGGCUGCUAUUUGGGAUAAGAUCCUCUUGUUUGGCGACUCUAUCACCCAGGACUCGUUCAAUCAGCAGCGAGGAUUUGCCUUGUCGGCGGGCUUGCAGCAUGCCAGCAUCCGUCUCCUCGUGGUCUUCUUCGGCGCAAAUGAUGCUUCUCGCCCCGAAGCAGAAAACAGGCAACACGUUCCUCUCCAAGAAUACGUCAGCAAUCUCGAGAAGAUCAUUACGCAUCCUUCAGUCACGGCCCACAAUCCCAAGGUGGUACUUGUCACCCCGGCUCCCAUCGAUGAGCACUUGGUCUGGGCCAACGAUAAGAGCUUGGGAAGAGCCGAUGUCUCGAGGAGAAACAUCGACUUGAAGAAGUAUUCCGAGGCGGCGGCAGCGCUGGGAGAGAAGCUAGGGAUUCCGGUUGUGAAUUUGUGGAAAGCAUUCAUGGCGAAGACAGGAUGGAAAGAGGAAGAAUGGAAGGAGAACGAGCCGAUUCUUGGAUCCUUAGAGCUACCACAGAAUGAAGAGUUGGUGAGGUUAAUGCAUGAUGGUCUCCACUUCAACCCGGCUGCUUAUCAGAUCCUUCUUGAGGAGUUUCUGAAGGCGCUACGGGAGCAGACUCCAGAGCUCUCGCCGGAGAAUAUACCUUUGCUUCUUCCGCUUUGGAAUGACGCCGAGGCUUGGGCUGCAUGGGAUGCUACGCACAAGUAG